AUGGACGAGCCGUACGGAGAACACAGCGAAUGUGCGUGCACCUGUGCGCGUGCCGGUCGGUCGAUCGUCCAGUGGAUCAAUGGCGUGAAUGCGGAAGUACGCAUGCGCACACUGGCUGGCCGAUCACUCGGCAGGGCGACGGCGCCCUCUGACAUGGCAAACUUCACUUUUGGCGCAGGACUUCGCAGAUUUAAUGCCAGUUUACAAGGUAAACCCUGGUUUGCGAACAAGUGCGAUCGAAAGACAGCAGAAGUGGCAUUGCACGAAAAUGGCAAGGAUGGUGCAUUUCUCGUGCGGCCCAGUUCAAGAUGUAACAGAAACCAACCGUACACUUUGGCAGUGUUGUACAGGGGAAAAGUUUACAACAUUCCCAUUCGCUGUGAUGAAACCAGCAAUCACUAUAUUCUUGGCAAGGAAAAGGCAGGAGAGAAGCCGUUUAAAAACCUUCCAGAAAUGAUUGAGUUUUAUCAGCAGAAAUCACUGAUCCUGAUUAAUGAGCAGAAUCAGACUAAAGAUUCAACCCUGCUGCUUUACUCUGUCCGACCGUGA